AAUUUCAUUGCUUUAAAAUCUAAAUGUGUACAGAAUGUACUGAAAAUCCUAUUACCACAACAACGACUAUGAGUUCGGUCAGUGCGCCAGUCCAGCCAGAAAGUACAACAUCAAUACAACAUGGUAGCGGAGGUCAGCAAGGGUAUGAAAUAGGAAAUGGUACCUGGUGUUUCCAGUGUGAAGAUAUGACACACCUUCAAUUCUGUGACAUAGUUACACGAUGUAACUCAAACGAGGUAUGCUACAUCCAGAAGUAUACACGAAGUCACAAAUUUCAUUUGUUUCGGUCAGGUUGUAUGCAUGCAAAUAAAUGUCAUAGUUUAGAAGAUCUGAUAGGCUGCCAGCAAUGUUGCCAUGGAAACUUUUGUAAUGUCAUGGGUUGCGGAGACGACGGUCUGCCAAAUUUCGACAGCAGAGGACCAAUUUGCUUUGACUGUGCACACCAAGGACAGGACGAUUUUUGUCAGUCGGUACACAUGUGUCGUCCAGAUCAGGUCUGUAAGAUAGAAAAGUUUGAGUGGGGCUCUGAUUAUCAUUAUGUUAUGGGCUGCGCAGAUGACCAGGUGUGCAUCUCGAAAAGAGACAUUCAGGCACGAUAUGCUCCGUCUGCUCCAAAUGUUGUCAUUCAGACUUUUGUAACAUGAACUGUACAAUGCCACAUCCUCAACAGAUUAUAGGU